AUGAGUUUCAAAUUGAGAAGGAAGAUUGAUAGGCAGAUAUUGUGCACCAUAUUUACUGACAUUCCUCAUCAAGUUGGUGGGUUACCCAUUUCUUUCAGUGCUGUCUACUCUGCGAUGUCUGAAAUAGCGGAACGUUACAUAGAACAAAUUCAAACGACAGCUGAGACGCUACGGAGACGGAUCGUAGCAUAUUAUGAUGGUGUUUUCUUUCUCGGCAACAAAAUCGCGACUGCAGCUGAUCGUGCCCGUGAUGUAGCAGAACCAGUAGCUUAUGAUGUGAAGGAUUAUGUUGUAAAUGCCAGUAAUCAAACCGAACCUGUGUCGCAAAUGGAAAAGGAUACCAAAAACAAUAUAGUAGAACUCUAUUUAGGAGUAUCGGUUUUGAUGUUAGGUGUUUCUUCUGGAGAACUUGCCGGAGCUUUUGUAUUCCCCUGCCUGUUGGAAAGGAUCUUUGAUCCCUUCAUGGAAGUUCUCACGCUAAUUCUGGUACCAACCUAUGUUUACCUAAAUAUCAGAAAAAAUGCUGCAAUGGACGACACCGAACGACGCACUUGUCUAUUUGGAUUCUGCUUGACAACUGGAAUUCUGUUGGGACAUUUAAUGGGAGGAGCGUUGACUAGCAUCGCUCCAUCCGUGUUUUUCAUUCCACCCCUAAUGUUGAGUUUAUUGAUGGACAAUGAACUGAUUCGCUCUCCACUUGCUGAAAUGGAUAGGAGUACAUUUUUUGCAAUUGGUGGAGCUGUUUCUUCCUUUCUAUGCACUAUGUUUGCAAUGCUUCCGGUUGGAUAUUUUUCUGUGGCUAUCUUCCUCUUGUCCUUCUUUCACGUCGCAUUUUUAACCAUACAUUUUCAGGUAAUCACUCAAUGUGCUAAAGAGAAAAUCAUGAUGGUUGGUGAAAGUCAGUUCAGCUACAUCAUGGGCAUCCUACUCAUCCAGCUUUUGAUGACAGCCGUAUUCGGUUCGGAUCCAAAUAACGCCAAGCAACAGCCAGCUCGUCCACCGCCGCACAAGUGAUACUACUGUGAUCUGUUCCAAGAAGAUAUUGGUUUGUAUGACGUUUUCUGUGUGCACUUGUGGUUAAUUGAACAAAGUCCUCCACAUUUCGACAUUUUCGUUGUUUCA